AUGCAGCCGGAACGGGGCGGCAGCCGGCCCCGGAGGGAAGGUGGCCGGCACGGCCGGAGACGGCCCGGCGGCGCAGAUAAGGCGGCCGAGUCGGCGACCGAAAGCGGCAGCGCGGACGGCCACGGCCGAGGAGGAACCGGGGGCCGCGGGAGAGGCGGCGCUCACGGACACCGAGGAGGCGGAGGCCGCGGGAAGCGAGAGGCUCGGGGCCGCGGGGCAGCGCCGCCACCGGCCGCGCGCGAGCACCGACGGGUAGAGGAUGAUGAUGAUACUGAAUCACGAGAGGAGGAAGAGGAAGUGAAAAAUUACUCAAGAAGGAAGAUUGUUUCAAACUGGAACCGCUAUGAGGAUGCAGAAAAAGGGGGACAGGGAGAAUGUGGAGAAUCACAGAGAGGAACAGACUUCAGUGUUUUACUUAGUUCAGCAGGAGAUUCCUUUGCACAAUUUCGAUUUGCUGAAGAGAAAGACUGGGAUACAGAAAACGUAUACUGUAAGCAGUUAUCUGCACUUUCUGUUGACUGCCAGUCCUUGGCCCAGGCCCUGCAGGAGUUGCCUCUACAUCUGAGGUUGAAUGUAGCUGCUGAACUUGUACAGGCAUCUACACCCAUAGAGCUACCACAGAUGAAAUCUAAAGUUGUUGAAGACAGCAAAAGGAGGGAGCUGUUUCGGCAGUCUUUGUCUCAGAGGGAAACGGUGUUGGUCUCCCAAUCUGUUGGUGAUUCUGCUGCUUCAUCAGAGCCUGGAACUAAAAGUGAUCCUGGGACAAGUGCAGCAGAACCAUUUCAGAGAGCCCGUCUGCUAGAAAAGCAAGAGACUGACCAUUUGGAUGAAGAACUGGAUCGUCUCCUAAAUCUGGAUGCUCCCAUUGAUUCUGUGUCAGAUGCAUUAUCCUACAACAUAUCAACAGAGAAAGAUCUGAAAAUGGAAAGUAAAGAAAAUGACCCUCCAAGAGCAGAUGUGCCAGAACAGAGAAGUACAGCACCACAGCAAGAGCAGAAAACAUCCAAAAUUGUUACUGAGGAAGAGCUUGAAGAUUGGCUGGACAGCAUGAUUUCCUGAAACCAAUUUUCUGUAUGUGAAUAAGUGAAUAUAACUAAAAUCAAGUAGAAAGUGGAACCCUCCUUUAGCUGUUCUUUAUUUCAUUUAUUUGUUUCACUUGCCUGCAAAUAAAACCAGGCACCUGAAAUUUGUGCCACCAAAAUUUGAUUAGGAAUGAUUGAUUAAGUAAUGUCUAAGACUGUGUAACAGUCUUAGAGAGGCCUAACAUUUAUGAUUAAGUUGGGAUUUUUUUUUUUUUUGCUUAAAAUGUAGGCUGCAGCAAACUGCCAGAGUUGUCGUUCCAGCUUGUACUUGCUACAUGCAGUCCUUAAAAUAAAGCAAUGAAUGCACAACAAA